UUUGUCACCCCCUAGCACAAUUCAAUAGCAAUCCUGAGUUAUCCAUAAAUAAACCACCGUUCGACGGUUUUUUUUCUUUAUUUGUUCAUUAUUACUUGAUUUGUCGGCCAGAGAAGUGACAACUGAUCACAUUCAUUAAUGGUGACACUAAUUAUAUGUAUAUCAGUGUAGAUAAUAAAUACUACAAAUAUUCGCAAUAAAAUAAUGGAUCAGGGUUUGUGCAGAGAAAUGGAAGAGCGUAUUUCAAUUCGUGACACGAGUAGAAAGUUGAAAAAAUACGGAAGCACUUCGAAACAUUUGAUAAGAAAUGAAAAUCUAAUUAAACAUUUUGUAUCUGAAAGUGAUACACUAGCUGGUAUUGCCCUGAAAUACGGAGUUACAACUGAACAAAUUAGGAGGAGUAAUCGAUUGUGGGCUUCUGACAGUCUAUUUUUACGUGAAUAUUUAUUAGUACCUGUUCCCAAGGACUUUAAUACGCAACAAUUUAGCGAGCGAAUUGUUAGGGAGAAUUCGAGGGGUGAUUGUGAUGUAGCAAGUGCAACGCAUGUACCAUCGACAAGCAGGGAUGAUAGUUCUGUGGACAAUUUUUUAGCUAAAAUGGACUCGUCUAUUGCUAGUGUCAAGAGGGAGAUUCAAAAGGUCCAGGGCCAGAGUUCCUUCAUGUCCGACGACGAAAUCUUUGUGCAACGAAGACCGGGAACUCGGAGUUUACGUCACAGUUUAACCCACUCAUCCCCUCCAAUAAAUUCAACAGAUUCAUCGAUGAACCACCACAUGAGAUCGUCGUCCGAGGACGACGUUCGCGAUCUUCCAUCAGCCGUUGUCACGACACACGGAAAAAAAUUGAAAACAUCCCUCCAGAAGCUACAACAGCAGCAGGAUGAGAUAUUUCAAUUGUAGCUAAUGAACAAUUUCACUGGAAUGAUAUCAAAUGACAUUUGUAUAGUUUAUUUUAAUUUUACAACUUAUUGAGGGUCUCCAAGCGGUCCAAGCCCUGCAGUCGAAUGAAUUUUCUAUAAACAUUUAUUAAAGACUACGUGAAAUUUCCGAUUUUCAAUCAUUGUUUCAGUGUUACUAUUUUGAAGGAGUAGAUAACAUAAAUUCGUUCGUGUUUUGAAGUUUUAAUGAAUAGUAUUGCUAUUUUAAUAAAUAUUGGAUGAAAGUAAAUGAAUGUGAUUUCAUCAAUUUAACAUUAUUGUUUUGGCUUUUUGAGAUUCAAAUAAUCGUUGCGUUCACGUUGCGAAUGUUGAGUAAAGCGGAAGAUUGAUAGGAUUUGUUAUAUAAUUGUCGUGCUAUGCGUUGUUAAAUUUAAAUAGAAAUUUAUAAUAUAAUUUACAAAAAUUAGACACCUCUGAAAGGAGGGAAUUGGCAGCGAAGUUGCGUACAACUAAUAGAACGCUCAUAAUCAUUGCACAAUGUAUUCCAAAGACAUUUAAAUUCCUGUUAGCUACCUAGAUCACCCAGAAAUUAAUGUCAGUAAUUUUUAGUUUCACUGAAUAUUGCGCUUGGAAAGUCAUCUGAUUUGAAAACAUGAUUGAUUUCAAAUAAUAGAAUGCCACAAAUAUUUCACUAGCAAAAGUAUGUUAGAAAACAAAUUAUUGUUAAUGGAUUUUCUUGUACAUUUAAGCAUACUUAACAACUUUUGUGGUCAAUAAUUCACAUUCCGAUAUAUGCAAAUAAAAUCCCUGCAGGGAUUGUAUCACUUGGAGACAUGCUUAACAUGACGACUUGCAAAUGAUGAAAGUGACAGAACAAGGAAGAACAAAGCAAGGGGAGAAUAUACAGACACAAAUGUUAUUUUUUAAUCGAUCUAGUAAAAAAAGGAGACAAACGUCUAUCUUUCGUUUUUACUUAGUUUUAUUUUUCUAAUUAAUUCGAAACACCACGAAGAAAAUUUAUACAUUAGAUUAUAUUAGUCUUAAGUAAAUCGCGGGACAAAUUUUUUUGUCAAUUAAUGUUUAAUUACUUAUUUCCGAUAGCCCAAAAUUUUUUAACAGCACCACCAACUCCAGGCCCGUUGUAGGCCAAAGCUAGGAGUCCAGCCAGUGUUACAAUUGACAUUGUAUAGAGGGCAGCGAAUAAUAUUUUCGGGAGAAGUGGGCCCACCACAGCUGGCCUUGCGUAAUCCAAAAUAACUGCCUCAAGGCCCCUGAGAAUUGAAAAUGUGAGUUGUUAUUUGGGUAGAGGAGAGGUAGAGAGCAGAUUAUCUCACAGAUAUCUUGCAAACUAGAUUUUUACAAAUUUUCUAUUGGUAUGAAAAACUGAUUCUUUCUGUAAAAUUUCGGAAGCUUUCGAAUGAUUGAGCUGAAAUUUCAUGACAUUUUAUACGAUAUUUGCUAAAUAAUUUAUAUGGGGUUUGUUUUAAGCUUAUUAGAUUCGGUUCUCUAUCCCUCAGCUCCUGAUUUCUCCAACACUCAUUAUUUAAAAAAAGCUGCUAUUGUAAUUAUGCAAUACCACUGCGAGGAGCAUUUGCUUGUUACGUUAAAGUAUUUAUUUGCGUAUUUUUCUUAUUGAAAAUGACAGAGGAAUUUAAAAUUUGUUGUCAUCAAGAAAUUGUUAAACUAAUUGAGUUUGUCAGCCUCUACCCUCAUUAUCUGUACAAUAAAAUACAGAAUAUUUAUCGACUGUUAAUAAAUCAUUGAUUGAUUGAGAAUA